ACACACACACGCGCACACGCACACGCAAGCAUGCAGGGACGCGCUCGCAAGCACAAGGCGGUUGCAUGUGACUUCCUGAAAGAAAGCUCCAGAUGAGACUUGACUUUUUGUAAGUGGAUCCUGAACAGGACGUAACAGUACCAGGAAGGUGGAGUCUCAGUUCUAUACCGGGACACGUCCGACAGAGGAAGAGCCGCCAUCUGGUGUCAGUGGGUCACUUCUUUUUUUCUACCACUCACAUUAGUAGGAGGUCGGCACACUCAGGCACACGCACGUGCACACGCACACGCACGCACCCACACCCACAAGCAACCUGCGUGAGCUAGCACAAGAUGUUCCACAUGAGCCGCUUCUUCUUCUUCUUCUUCUUCUUCUUCUGACAACUUCAGCGGGACAAUCGUUAACAGGAUUCUACGAGAAUGUCUCGGCGGGACCAAAGGUUUCAACGGGGGAUGAAAGGACGGUGCCGGGAAUGCAGCUGCACCCUGUCUCACUGGUACUACGAGCGAGAGGGACAACUGUUCUGCAAGAAGCACUACUGGCAGCGUUAUGGCGAGAACUGUCAGGGCUGCGACGAGACGCUCCAACCGGGACUCGUCAUGGUCGCUGGAGAGCAGAAGUACCACCCUGAAUGCUUCACAUGUAGAAAGUGCCAGCUGUUCAUUGGAGAUGGAGACAGUUACACACUGGUGGAGCAUUCCAAACUCUUCUGCGGUCAAUGUUUCAGUCAGCGUGCAGCGUCAUCACCUUCAUCGCCACCCGUCAAGAGCCCCCACACGGUGGCGCUGGUGUCACUUCCUCCGCAGACAAAAGGCCAUCGAGGUCUGAUGGUGGCCACUGAACUCAGCCAAGGAAGCGGCCCUCUGGUUACUGUGACUGCGAUAAACUCGGACAUCCUUGGUCCUGACCUGCUGUCUUCGGUCCACAUUGGAGACAAUAUCCUGGAGGUCAACGGCAUUCCCGUCCACAACGUUUGCCCAGACGAGGUAGACCAUGUGAUCCAGGACACAAGCAGACCGCUGCAGCUGACCGUUGAACACAAUCCGCGGUCCAAGACUUCCACCAAGGUCCAUCAAGACCUCACCUGUGUCUGUGAAAAAGUGCCUUCGACACACAUGCUCCCAAACCUGGUGGAGGAGCCUGGCUUAGAGGUGGAGAUGCUGGAACCAAUCACAACGAGUCUCUCCUCGCCUCAGCACCGAGGAAUCAUGGGAAUGCGAUCCCGAAACAUCCUGCGCAGCUGCAGCAUCGAAAAGUCUUCCUUGUCACUCUUAUCUCAAAAGAAAGACAUGGUGCGUUCCGAAUCUCUGCGUGCCGACCCCGGAGAUCGAACCCAUCGCAUAUUCAGGCCUUCGGACCUCGUCCACGGAGAAGUGCUCGGCAGAGGCUUCUUCGGACAGGCCGUCAAGGUGACACAUCGGGAGACAGGAGAGGUGAUGGUGAUGAAAGAGUUGAUACGUUUUGAUGAGGAGACGCACGAGACUUUCCUGAAGGAGGUAAAGGUGAUGCGCUGUUUGGAUCAUCCCAACGUCCUCAAGUUCAUUGGACUCUUUUACAAGGACAAGCGCAUACACUUUGUGUCCGAGUACAUCCAGGGAGGAACGCUCAGAGAAAGCAUCUCCAAAAUGAAUCAGUCCGUUGUAGUGGCAGAUUUUGGACUCGCUCGUUUGGUGACCGCAGAGAGGAAUCGCAGCAGAACUUCUUCUCUCGACCGACCCCCAAAGGGAACGCUGUCGGACCUCCGCAAACCGGACCGCAGGAAGCGCUACACAGUGGUCGGAAACCCCUACUGGAUGGCCCCGGAGAUGAUCAACGGGAAAAGCUACGAUGAACGCGUGGACGUCUUUUCCUUCGGAAUCGUGAUUUGUGAGAUCAUAGGAAGAGUGAGCGCCGACCCGGACUUCCUUCCCCGGAGUAACGACUUUGGCUUGAACGUGGCCGCGUUCAUUGAGCAGCAGCAGCCCUCGGAGUGCCCUUUGACCUUCCUACCACUGGCUGCCCUCUGCUGUGACCUGGAUGCCGAUGAAAGGCCUUCCUUCUCCAAGCUGGAGGAGUGGCUGGAGAAUCUGCUGAUGCACUUGGACAUCGGCCUGCCGCUCCUCUCCGAGACGGAGCAGCUCCGCAGAACCUUUUGGCACGAGCGCCGACGCGACUCCAAACGGGAAACCGUGCCCACUUCUUCUCCACGUUCUCACAGUCCCGAGCCAUCUCCAGACAAUGGAAAUGAUCCGAAUCAUCCACCUGGACUUCCUCAAAGUGCUAACUGCACACCUCAGAACACAAGUGAGCAACUGCAUCAAGAACGUGCGGAGCAAACCGUGAACGCCAGCUCGUCUUCAAACGGUUUCUCGCCGUCAGACUCUUCCGGAAGCCACGGGCGCGGACGAGAGGACUCGGGAGAAAUCCAAAGGCGACCGGAACCCUCCCAAGUCGACAGGCCACCCGCGGGCCCGUCCGGCGGGUCCAGAAGGACCUGCAGAGUUUUGUGGACCAAGCCUCUUUUAUAGGAUGAGCGCCUCCUCUUGUCAACACAUCGAACACACCACGGAGGGCAUGUGACACUAGACUUCAGGAAAUGACAUCUCGAUGCAAUACUUCCAAGUCAAAUAUCCUUACAUCAUUUCUUACAAUAGCAAAGUGUUUUUACGAGGCUGCGAACGUUAAACUGCUGCCAUUGGAGGAAGAAUACGAAUGUCACCGUUCAGCAGAUAUCAUAUUGACACGGUUGCUCGUGUCAGCCUGUGAAUAAGUAGGCUACUAAAUCCCGAAAACCCCGCGCCGUUUUCUUUCCAUUUCACUGUGGGCCGCUUGGAUUUAGCGGAGGUCCACCGAAGUCGCGGUUUCUCAUUCUUUCGCGCAAGCUAAUCUUUGUUCUUUGCAGGCAAAUCCCUUAGCCGCCUCGUUUUUGAAAUGUUCAACUCAGAUGCGAUUUUCGGUGGUUCUGACAAAGAUGAAAGUGCUCCUGACCGUUUCGGGGUCCGAAAUCACACGUUCCUCGGAUUUCGACGCGCGAUUGAAAGCUAUGUUGACAUGAUAAAUGAUCCUUAUUCUAGUUUUCUGUGAAAUUUGACGGAACUCCGACCAUCCGUUUGCUGUCGGCGGGACCCGGAAUGAGACGACUCCGGCGGAUGCCGCCGUUGAAAAAUAAAGUCAUGAUAUAAUAAGCGAAA